GAAGCAUCGGAUUACUUGAACAGAUAAGUAGCCGAUUUCUUCGAUUUCUGCCAAUUCCAAAAGUUUGCCAGCUCCAUGGAAGCCACACUUCUUAGAACUCAACCUCAUUUCUACGUUCAAGCUGGGAAUUCGUCGUGCAAUUCCCAAUUUCACAACACAAGAUUAUUCGGAAACCGUAUAUGUGCUAAACCAGUAUCUCUGCAAUUAAGCAGAAAACGGUUUUGUUCGUCAAGAGAUCAUGUGUUGCUGAAAGAAAACAAAGGGUUUUUGUCAUUGAAUUGUUUUCGGCAGAAUUCAGCAAUUGUUCGAGCUGCUUCCGCAGAUCCAAUAAAUUAUGAACAGUUUGCUGAUACAUCAGGGAGCAGCGAAAGUGCUCUGAAUGUGAAUGGUUUCGAAAAUUCAGUAGCCUUGGAUCUGAAGACCGAGCCAUUCAGGAAUCGGUUUUUGAAUUUUUCACGGUUUGGAGCAAUCCUUAACAAUGCUUUGGAAUCCUUUUUUAAGAGUGAAAUACGGACAAGGCUGUUUGUGACUGCUGUCUUGUUAUUUGUGAGUCGCCUUGGCUACUUUAUUCCCUUACCAGGAUUCGACAGGAGGUUGAUGCCUGAAAAUUAUCUCAAUUUUCUCUCUGGUUCUACUGAGGAGCUUGGUAAUCUCACACCGGAACUUGAGCUUUCUCUCUUUCAGCUCGGGCUUAGUCCUCAAAUAGCAGCAUCUAUCCUUAUGCAGAUCUUAUGUGUCCUUCUCCCUCCCUUAGUGAAGCUUCGGAAAGAAGGCUUAGAUGCUAAUGAGAAGAUCAAGAGAUAUAUAUGGUGGAUUUCACUAGGAUUUGCUCUCAUACAGGCUUUUAUUCUUUCUUGUUAUUCACUUCCCUAUUCUAUAUAUGCAGCUAGCCACAGGGUAAAGCAUGUCAUGAUCACAACUUUAUUUCUGGUGUGUGGUGCGAUGACCAUGGGUUGGAUAUCUGACAAGAUAUCAGAGUCCGGAUUCGGUCAAGGAUCAUCUUUAAUUAUCUGUGUCAACAUCCUGACUGGUUAUACUGAUACAUUGUACAAGAUGUUGGCUCAGCUCUCAGGAAGUUCUGUGAGCUGGUGGCCAUAUGUCCUUGCAGUAUUAGGUGUCUUCACCAUAGUUGCAAUGUGGGCGGUUGUUGUAACUGAGAGCUUCCGAAAGAUCAAGUUACAAUAUUAUGGUUUCAAACUUGCUUCCGCCACCAGAGAAGAUUCUCCUAUAACCGAAGUUGAACCUUAUCUUCCGUUCAACAUAAAUCCUGCCGGGAUGCAACCUGUACUUACUACUUCAUAUUUUCUGGCAUUUCCCAGCUUGAUUGCAAGUGUUUUUGGCUCGCGCUUAUGGGAACACGUGAGAGAUAUCCUGAAUCCUGAUACAUCGCGCGGUGCAGAUCCUUGGGUUUAUUAUAUGAUAUAUGCAUUUUGCGUCUUCAUCUUUAAUAUAAUCGACAUAGCCAAUGUGCCAAAGGAGAUUGCUGAUUACUUGAAUAAGAUGGGUGCAAGAGUUCCAAAUAUAAAACCUGGAAAAGCCACUGUUGACUUUCUCACGAAGAUCCAAGCUUCAACACGUUUUUGGGGUGGUGUAUUGCUAAGUCUUUUGGCGACUACAUCAGUCCUUCUAGAUCAUUAUUUACGCAGUAUCAAUGAAGGGUUUCCGAUUGGUUUCACUUCAAUUCUCAUCAUUGUGGGUUCGAUCAUUGAACUGCGAAGAUCCUACCAAGCAUACAAUGUAAUGCCGAGUCUUGCUAAGGCAUUGCAACGCUAUGGACUAUGAUUAUCACGUUAAGGAGAACGAGGCCCUGUGAUGUUUAAAAAUUCUUGAAUGUAUAAAUGGAUGGCGGGAUCUGCUGUUUCAACGAGAUUAGAAUCAUCAAUGGUUAAAUCGAGUACUCUCGUUGUAGCAAGCAAUAACCGUAGAUUGGCAGGUCAGUUUUUGAACAAGGUAGCAAGUUUGGGAGCUGCUGAUACAUAUGUAGAAAUGUAACUUCAUUUUGAGUCUCUACACAUGUAAUACUAAUUGAUUGGAUAUGUAGAUGUACAACAGCCAAGGAGACAAAAAUUUGUUAGGUCA